AUGCCUUGCGUCAUGGCUCGAAUAGGCAAUAAAUGCCUUCACGGACUAGGCAUUAAAGCCAAAGAAAGACGCCCCUCUUUAGUUAUAUCACCGCCUUUCAACUUCCAGUCCGGACCUUCCGUAAACUUCCCAGGAUAUUCUGAAGAUGACAUCUCCCUAAUGCGCGAAAAAGCCAUAGCCUCUACGGCCAUAACCGAAGACGAUGUAAGCGACGACGACUUCGUAUCACGCCAUCCGAGCAGACCUAGAAGCAGAGCGGGCAGUACGAGCUUUGGGCUGGGAGCGAAGAUGGUGUGGCAUGCGAGGCGGUUUAGUAGGAGUGGGAGGGGCGUUAUGUGGUGA